UUCUUUUCCUUCUCCCCCCGCCCGCGGAAUCAAGACUCGACAGCUCCAGGUUGGCCAUCGCCCACCCAUCGUCGCCAGCACGGAAGAGGCAACUCGCUAGGCGGCGGCGGAGAACUGGCCACGACGCGUCCCCGGAAGGGCCGGUUGCUUGACUGAUCCUCUUCUUGGGCGGCACGGUGUCCUGUGCCGUGCCGCGUGAAAGAUUCCACCGGCAUCCCCAAUCCCCAUGGCCUACCGCCGGAAGCAGGGAGUCGCCGCCGCCGAUCACCGGAGCUCCUAUCCCCAGGACUCCGCCUCGUCCCACGGCUACACGUCGUUCAAAAGCAUAGAUGAGCCCAAGCUCGGGCUGUGGCGAACUCUGGCGACCAGAGCCAAGGGGAUCCUCGACGAGGACGGGUUGGCGCAUAAGUUCGAGGACUUGCGGAAAGAACGGCCUCGUAGCGACGCCACGGCAUCCAGCAAAGAUCAGGCUCCUAAUUCUCGCUGGUCAUUUGAGAACCACUGGAAGGCCGGAGACGCCGCGUCGCGGAUCAGACCCGAGGCUCUUUCUGCUUCUGUCAACCAGCUUAGUGGAAAAAUAAAGAAUGCUUUGGAAGAAGGGCUCACGAUCGUGGAUAACAAGACCUCCAGUAUUAUUGAGGAAACAAAGAAAAUUCAGAUCAGGAGGAAACCUGCUGGCUCAAGCCCUCAUGUGCCGAAUUCAGCGGUAGAUAAGCAUACGCUUAGCACCCCUGAUCUUUCACUCCGGCAGCCUGAAUCUGCUGCCCAGGAGACUGGACUGAAAGCUUCUCGCGACGUUGCUAAUGCAAUGGCUGCUAAAGCAAAACUUGUACUCCGUGAACUAAAAUCUGUUAAAGCAGAUCUAGCCUUUGCGAAGCAGCGAUGCGCUCAGCUGGAGGAAGAGAACAGGCUCUUGCGAGAAACAAAGCAGAAAGGGAGCAAAACUGAAGAAGACGAUGACUUGAUUCGCGUGCAGCUGGAGACAUUGCUGUCCGAGAAAUCGAGGCUGGCGCAGGAAAACUCGACGUAUGCCCGUGAAAACCGCUUCCUGCGUGAGAUUGUCGACUUCCAUCAGUUCACCACCCACGACGUUGUCUCAUUGGAUGACGGCGACAUGGAAGGCACCGAACCAGAAGAAGACGACGACAACGACAACGGCCUCAUAUGUGCUGAGAACGUUCUGCCUGCGGUUGAAGAAAAUCCAGUAGACGAAGAACACUGCCCUGUCCCCUCCAAGCUAGAAUCUCCAGUGGCCAGCCUGGGCGAGCCAUCAUCGUCCCCCAGGUCCAGCGAUUGUCACAGUGCCUCGAAGCCAGACGCGUCAGCGUCUGAUGUAGCUUGAUGAUGCAUGCGACAUUGGUGACUUUGCCAUCUUGUUUGGGGUUUCAGUUGGCGUUGGUUGUGAGUGAUGCAUGUGUGUAUAAUUUUUUUGUCCAUUGUCCACAUUGGAUUGGUUUGUAGCAUAGUUACAGGUUUCUGCUUUUGUAU